UCAAUAUGAAUUUCAGUGAGUGCAGUUCGGUGUUUCGGUCAUAACGUAAUUCACUUAGAUAGUCUGAUGUUUUGUUGAGCAAUAAUACACGUCAAACCGGCAAACAUGAGUUUAAAAAUACCUCGGCGUUUGAGUUUAGAUGAAGGUACACGUGAGUAUUUGGAAAUGGGAAUGGACUUGACGAAUAAACGGAAGAAGUAUUUUAGUUUUCAUGAAAAUUCAGCAAACACCCGUCAACAUAGAUCGGUAUCGUUCGAAUCAUCGGAUAGCAAAGAGGUAAUCGAAGAAACUGACGGCGACGGGAGUACCACGGAAUUGACUGUGGACGUUACCAGAAGUUCCAAUCAGUUAAGCGUCAACAACUACAAGGAAAUGGUAAAACAGUGUUUAUUGGACUCGGCGAAAGGAUUGACUAAUGGUUAUCAAUUACUUCUCGAUAUCGAAUCCAGUUCGGUAGACUUACACACAUUAAAUCGGUGUCCAAAUCAGAUGAAAAACCUAAUAGUAUUGUGGGCAUGUUUCGUCAAUAAGUGUAAUGUUGUAGAAACAUUUAUUAAAGCUGCUGGUAAUAGUGUAAAUUACGUAAUUCCAAAUAAAGGCUAUAGUGCUAUUCAUAUAAGUGCGUUAAGUGGUUGUGUUAAUUGUAUAAAAUGUAUAUUAAAAUUUAGCGGGUGUAAGCCGGAUUCCCGUGUUGACGAUAUGACAGCACUACACUUUGCCACCUUUACCGAUUCCAUAGAUGUAAUACAGACACUUGUCGAACAUGGCUGUCAACUCGAUCCCUCCGUGCUCCAUAGCGCAGUAAAAUCCAGAGCUGUUGAGUGUAUUAAACUUAUUUUGUUCAAAUACCAGGUAGACGUGAAUACACUAGACUCUACGGGCAUGGCUCCUAUACAUAUUUGUGCUGAUCGAGGUUUUUCGGAUUGCUUGAAAAUAUUGUUGAGUUGGGAUAAGACCCAGAUUAAUAUAAAAAACAACCAAGAGUUUACCGCGCUGCAUUUAGCCUGCGUGUCUGCACAAGUAGAGUGCGUAAAGUUGUUGAUCGAACAUAAUGCAAAUGUAAAUGCUAAAAAUAUGAAAUUCCAAGUUCCUAUACACAAGGCCGCAAAGGCUCAGAGCGUGGAUUGCAUUGAUUUACUGAUGAAAGCGGGGGCUGAUGUCAACGCUAGAGACAUAGAUGAUCGAACACCACUGCACACUGCCAUUUCUCAUAAGACAUUAAAUGUUUGUCUAGCGGUAGACACGUUGCUCAGUUACAAUGCGAAAGUCAACGUGCAAGAUCAUUACGGAUUCACGCCUCUCCAUUUAGCAGCACUCAACGAGGUACCGGAAUGUGUUGAAUCAUUAUUAGCCAAAGGUGGAAACGUAGGUAUUAAGACGUACGGUGGAAUAUCAACACUUAAUAUGAUAUUGAGAAAGGUGCCUUCGUGCGUUCCAGCCAUAUCCAGACAGCUUGAUAGUGCUAUCACAUCAAAUUGGGCCGCUGAUGGUUUUAAACGCGAUCCGAUAAUACAUCUCCGGUUCAAUUAUUUGUUGAAUUAUAACGAUUUUGGUGAGAUUGAUUUAUUAAAAUGUUUCCAGAUAGAAGGCCAAUACGAAUUAUUACAGCAUCCUCUGUGUCAGGCAUUUCUAUUCUUGAAAUGGAGAAAAAUGCGAAAAUAUUAUCUCAUGCGAUUGGUAAGUUUAGGAUUAUUCAUUCUUCUCUAUACAUUUUAUAUAAUGACUGUAUUAAGUGCUAAUUGUUACAAAAUCGCUAAAUCCGCUAAUGGUACUCAUGUUAAUAUGAAUAAUAUGUCUAGUUUAAAUUCACCCAAUCAAGCUUCUGGUUCAUCAUACACAAUCAACAACCAAACUGAUGCCAAUUGUUUCAUGACAAAUAUUCACAUAAUGCACGUUAAUAUCAGUGUAUUGUAUUUGAUCUGCAUCAUAGAAGGUUUUUUUAAAAUAUCUGAAAUAGCAAGUUAUAUGAUUACUUACCGAUAUUUCCUUUGCGUAAGUCACAUUUCAGAAUGGUUGGUUUUAAUAAGCGUACCAUGCAUAUCAUUUCAUUUUCAUGAGCCUGUUUACUGGCAAAACCUCAUCGGGGCCUUCUGUGCUCUUAUUACUUGGACUAAUUUAAUGAUAAAAAUUGGUCAACUGCCUUGGUUUGAUACUUAUGUUGCCAUGUACACAAGAGUUCAAAGGGAAUUCGCUAAACUUCUUUUAGCGUACAUAUGCUUACUGAUAGGUUUUUCUGUUAGUCUCUGCGUUGUGUUCCCUACUAAUCCAUGGUUUAGUAACCCAUUUGUAGGGUUUGUCAAAGUACUUGUUAUGAUGGCAGGUGAGUUAGAUAUUUCAAUCUUAGACGACACAACGUCAACGCCAGGAAUGUCUAAAUUCAGCGCUUACAUCGUAUAUACAGCUUUGUUAAUAUUUGUAUCAAUUAUAUUGAUGAAUCUCCUAGUCGGAAUCGCUGUACAUGAUAUACAGGGUCUACGAAAAACUGCUGGACUAUCUAAAAUUAGGUGUCAGAUAAACUUAAUACAUUAUAUCGAACUCUUUAUGUUGAAAAGUAUUUGGCCAAAAAGUUUUAAACGUAGGGCUUUAGUAUUUCCUUCAAAAAAUCGCACUCAUUUGACAAUCGAAUCAUUGAAUCCAAAUCAGCCAUUACCGAGAGAUAUUAUUGAGGCUUCUAGAGUUUUAAUUAAAAGAAAAAACAAGAAUCGCAGUGAUGACAAAGAAACUUUUAAAAUCCAAGAAAUUUUAAAAGAAAUAAGAAUUUUAAGAGAAGUCGUAGAAACAAAUCAAAAAGUCAUAAAACAUUUAUUGAUGAAUGCUCACACUCCAAAAUAAUUAUUUAAAAUAUCUGUGAUUUUAUUUAAUUGUUUUAAUUUUUAAUUUUA